AUGGCGGUCCCGUUGAAGGAAGGGCUGCAGCUCAAGCAGUGGGUCCUUGGUGAGAAGCUCGGCAGCGGCGCCUGCAGCGACGUGUACGAAGUCGCACCUCUCAAGGGCGGGCAAAGAUACGCCAUGAAGGUCUCGCCGAUCCCUGCGCCGGCCGCGGGCAAAAAGAAGCGCAAGAAGACACACGCGGACCGCAGCGCCGACGCGCUCUACGCCGAGCACUUGCUGUACGUCAACAGCCUCGCGGGCCACGCGGGGAUCCCGACGCUCCCGGCCUCUGGCGCAUAUGGCGAGGACAAGGGGUACCGCUUCCUCGUGCUCGAGCGACUCGGCCGGACGCUCGAAGACGUCAAGGUGGCGCAUGGCCGACUGCCAGAGACGACGGUCGCGCGUCUCGGCCUCGAGAUCAUGGCGAUUCUCCAGCAUAUCCAUUCAAAGCGGCUCCUCUUUGUCGACGUCAAGCCCGAAAACUUCAUGCUCAACACGGCCCCCGAGACAAAGGUCUACUGCGUCGACUUCGGCAUCGCCGAGCGAUACCUCCUCGUGACGGGCGUUCACAAGCCGUACAAGGUGGCUGGUGUCGUCGGAACGCCUACGUUUCUGAGCUUGAACUGCCACGAAGGCAGCACUCCGAGCCGCCGAGACGAUAUUGAAGCACUUCUGUACGUGUGCCUCUACCUCGUGCGCGGGGACCUGCCGUGGCAAGGCGCCGCGUCCGACCAAGACGGCGCGCGGCUCAAGCGAGCGACGGCGCUCACGGACCUCUGCACGGGUCUCUCCUCCGAGUGGGCCAAACUGGUGGCAACGAUCCGGGCGUGUGGCUAUGAAGACGCACCCGACUACGCCGCGAUCGAAGCCGGCCUCGCACGCAUUUGCGGGUCCGCGUCGCGCACGGGCACCUAUGUGUGGGGCGCCACGACGACGACAACGACAGUAUCCUCCAGCGCUGCCAAGGGCCGCCCGUCGCCGGCCAAGAAGCAGAAAGGACAGACACGUGCCACGGCCGUCAACAUCGACGACGGCGACGACGACGAACCGUUGGAAGACAAACCGGCGCCAGCCACAGCCAAGGCCAAGGCCAAGCCAGACAAGGCCGAGCCAGCCAAAGCAGCCACAGCCAAGGCCAAGCCAGCCAAAGCCAAGGCCAAGGCCAAGGUGGCGCCAGCCGCGUCGACACGUCGUCUGGAGGCCGCGACGCGGGCCGUGGGUGCGGCAGCGGCGGCCAGCGCAGCCUCUGGAAUCGCCACGCGCACACGGUCGUCUGGUCCCAGUGCGUAA